UGUGGGAACACAAAUAAACAAAGUCAAAAUCUCAUUUGUGCAGUCUUGAGAAACAAGAUACCAUCAAUGUAGAGAGAUCUUGAACAAGUCAAUAUAAACCCCACCUCAACACAAAGCAAAGUAUCAAUUCUCCCAUUUCUCAUACUUUCUCUCAAAACCCAAAUCGGAAAAAGCCAUGGCCGGAGUUGAGUUCCUCCCCAAAGAAUAUGGAUAUGUAAUUCUUGCUCUUGCUGCCUACUGCUUCCUCAACUUCUGGAUGUCCUUUCAAGUCGGCAAAGCCCGCAAACAGUACAAGGUUUCUUAUCCAACAAUGUAUGCUACUGAAGCUGAAAACAAGAAUGCUAAGUCCUUUAACUGUGUUCAGAGAGGUCAUCAGAAUUCAUUAGAAAUGAUGCCAAUGUUUUUCAUGCUGAUGAUUGUUGGAGGAAUUAGGCACCCCUUGAUUUGUGCAUCUCUUGGAGCUGUUUAUAUUGUAUCUCGCUAUUUCUACUUCACUGGUUAUUCCACUGGCGAUCCCCAAAAUCGUCUUACUCUUGGGAAAUACAAUUUCUUGGCAAUUAUGGGACUGUUGAUUUGCGCAAUAUCUUGUGGAGUUAAUUUCCUUAUGUCAUGAAUAAUAGUCUCAAAUAGAGCAACCUCCUUGUAAUUCCCUUUAUUUCCAGCAAGGGAUGAUGUCUUUUUUAUGUCUAUUUUGUCAUUAAUAUGAAUUAAAUUGGUACUUUCUGUAUCAAGUUACCUCAUCUGCAUACUGUUUUCAGUGUUUGCC